CAUAGUGCUAGUGAUACAUCUAGCCUACUUUCAUCCACUAUGCUCGUAUACUGACUGAUGCCGCUGGUCCAAACAACGUUAUGCCGCGCCAGCUAGCGCACGGUUGACCAGACAAAGCUUUUUAGAAAGUUCUUCAACGCGAUUCAAGGGUUGGAAAAGUGUUGAGUUAAUAUCUCGAUAUGCUGACACCGUUCCGACCUGUCACCAAGGAGAGAUGCUACAAAAACGGGACCGUAUUCACUGUUGCUGCCACAGGAGCGGAAACAGUGCAGCGGAUAUGGGGUCUUCUAAAUAAUUAAGAGAAGAGGAGCGCUUUCUUUACUGCAGACUGGCACGUCAAGUAACGGUUCGGUAGAAUCUAACGGAGUUUAUCCACCAAUGCUAUGAAAUCUAACAGAUGACAUAUCGCAACCUCGGAUCGAGAAGCAGAUUUUACGGCUGACAUUUGACAGACGGGAGACUGGAAGGGGAGCGGAAGGGAGCGACACAGUGCCGCCGCGAAAGAGCGCUGGAUCACCGCUGGGAGUCCACAGACCGUCGGUGGGGCACGGCCCAUGCCGAUCUGUCGUCCAUGAUCAGACGUCGGGAAAUAAACAUGUAGCUAGCUACUGCUACUUGGUUAUAGUACAUAUGAUUCACCCUAAAUAAGAACACGGGAAAGCGGGUAUACCGUGUCGAUUACGGUACGGUAUUCCACGUUAUUUUGACGGUGUCCAGCCUCCCUUCAUCACCUCCACCACCACCUCAGGCCUGCAGUCUCCCUCUCUCCCCCCUCUCACCCCAUUCUGUCCCCCCUGGAAGAGGACAACAGCCUACCCCAGACCACCCUAGUUGCAACUAGACUACAAUCCAACAUCCUACCCCAGACCACCCUAGUUCCAACUAGACUACAAUCCAACAUCCUACCCCAGACCACCCUAGUUCCAACUAGACUACAGUCCAACAUCCUACCCCAGACCACCCUAGUUCCAACUAGACUACAAUCCAACAUCCUACCCCAGACCACCCUAGUUCCAACUAGACUACAAUCCAACAUCCUACCCCAGACCACCCUAGUUCCAACUAGACUACAAUCCAACAUCCUACUCCAGACCACCCUAGUUCCAACUAGACUACAAUCCAACAUCCUACCCCAGACCACCCUAGUUUCAACUAGACUACAAUCCAACAUCCUACCCCAGACCACCCUAGUUCCAACUAGACUACAAUCCAACCUCCUUCCACUCCACCCCUCCCCAAACAGACGAGGGGGAGAGAGGAGCUUCGCCCCCCCUCAUCCCCUCCCUCCCUCUCUCUCCCCCCUCCCAACAUGCAGCCUCAGGGCCUGUGUGUAAGAGCCAUGGUACAGCCCAUCCCUAGAUUGAAAUCUUGAACCACUCCAGUUGUACUGCACUGAGUAAUGAAGUGAAGCUAAAUGUUCUGAUGUGAAACUGGGCUGGACCAGCGCUGAACGGACAGGAGAGAACAUGAUGUGACCUCAGCAUCAGCCCACCUCACUUCCUGUUCAUCUCAACUAAUAGGAAGACUGGAUCACAGGCCUCAAAUUCCACAAUCACUCAAUCAAACUUUAUUUAUAAAAGCCUUUUUACAGCAACAUUUCUCACAAAGUGCUUUACAGUAGUCACCUUAGUAAACCUAUUUCUGACUUCCAGAGAGCAGGCAGCAGCACAGUGGCAAGAGAAAACCUCCUUACAAGUGGAGAUGUGUUAGCUAACCUCUGACCUCUGACCUGUGUCUGGGCUUGGCUGCUUGUUGGAUCCAGGCCGUAGUAUUGAAUCUAGUGGCUUCUACUGACCGAAGCUAGCACGUCAGCUUCUAGAAUGUUCUAUUAGGUUCUAGUACGUUCUAAGAGGUUCUAGUAUGUUCUGUUAUGGUCUAUUAGAUUAUAAUAUGUUCUCUUAGGUUCUAGUAUGCUCUAUUAGGUUCUAGUAUGUUCUAUUAGGUUCUAGUAGGCUCUACCAGGCUGUCUCUGGCCCUGUGCUGUGGCCUCCUGGCCUGUGGCCCUCCUCUCUGGCUCUAGCUUUGGGCGAGGCACACAGUUCUCCCCCCUCCCCUGCUCAACCUCCACCAUUCGCCCCUCCCUCGCCACGGCUGUCCUCCCCCCCCGCCCCCGCCCCCACCCUUCCUCCCCCUCCCAUCACCACCACUCCCCCCAUCAUCACCAUCACCCCCACCCCUCUCAACCCCCAUCUCACCUCCCAUCUCACCCCCAAUCCCCUCCUCCCUUCUCCCCUGUGGUCACCAUGACGACCACUCCCACUGCUCGUGAGCAUCUCCUGGUGGUGAGGAGGCGCAACCCCCACAUGCGCUACACUCUCAGCCCUGAAAACCUGCGCUCCCUCUCAGCCCAGGGCGGUGAUGGCAUUGGCCCUAGGGGUCACGGCGGGGAAAGGUCAGCUGGUGAACGGUCAGGGGUCGGAGGUCAUGGAGAGGGUCAUGGCGGCGGACUACAAAGGGCCAAUAGCGACACGGACCUGGUGACCUCGGAGAGCAGGUCAUCGCUGACUGCGUCGACAUACGAGUUCACGAUGGGGCGGGGCCAAAACCUGGUCAUCAACUGGGACAUCAAGGAGGAAGUGGACGCCACGGACUGGAUCGGACUCUACCAUAUCGACGAGACCUGUCCUGCCAACGUGUGGGACUCUAAGAACCGCGGGGUGAACGGCACCCAGAGAGGACAGAUCGUCUGGAGGCUGGAGCCUGGACCUUACUUCAUGGAGCCUGAGACUAAGAUCUGCUUUAAGUACUAUCAUGGAGUGAGUGGUGGCCUGAGAGCAACAACCCCCUGCAUCACCGUCAACAACCCAGGACUUCCUGUUAGAGCCGAGGGUCAAGCUGAGGGCCAAUCAGUGACAGAGAACUGUCGGAAACUCGUCAGCUUCACUUUAUCAGAUAUCCGUGCGUUGGGUCUGAAGAAGGGGAUGUUCUUUAACCCUGACCCCUACCUGAAGAUGUCCAUCCACCCUGGGAAGAGGAGUGGCUUCCCCACCUUCACACACCACGGACAGGAGCGCCGCUCCGCCAUCAUAUCUAACACCACCAACCCUGUCUGGCCCGGAGAGAAGUACACGUUUGUGGCUCUGAUGACGGAUGUCUUGGAGAUCGAGGUGAAGGAUAAGUUUUCUAAAAGCCGACCAAUCAUCAAGCGCUUCCUGGGUCAGCUGACCAUCCCAGUGCAGAGGCUGCUAGAGAGACCUAAUGCAGAGGACCAGCCGCUAAGCUAUACCCUGUGUCGUCGUCUGCCCACGGACCAUGUGAGCGGCCAGCUGCAGUUCAGAGUGGACAUGACCUCUGGACAUGACGAGGGCUCUCCUGAUGCCAUGGGUUCCAUCUUGGGUUUGUCAGUGAACGGGGACCCUGGGAGCCCCUCUGACGAUGAAGACCCCCACCCUUCCUCCAGGGCCCGGGGCCCCUCUCCCACAGGUUCCUACUCCUCCCUGCUCAACGGAGAGGUCCACAGGGAUGGAGACGAUGUCUGGAGUGACGCCCGAGGGGCGGUAGGCGAGCUAGACGUCCUGGGAUUGGCAAUCCCGGGCGGCCACACCCAUCGACAGGUGUCCCUCAACGACUACUUGGAUGCCAUCGAAGCUCCUAAGGGCCCGGGAGAGCGGCCCCUGGGCGCGACGUCACCCAAGCUGAGGUCCAGUUUCCCGACGAACACACGACUCAGCGCCAUGCUGCAUAUAGACUCUGAUGAAGACGAGGAGGCAGGGCCGUCCAGGGACCAUCCACCCCAUGACAGGAAGCCCUUGCUGCCACUGGCCAAUGGUGUUCAGGCUGGGGUUGGGAAGGGAGCUGCCUCUCAGGACCUGGGGAAACAAGAGAAAGAGGGGACAGAGGCAAACAGGGGAGAGGUUGAGGGAGCACAGGGGACAAAAGCUGGGGAUGGAGCUGGAGAUGGAGCUGGAUCUGGGGAUGGAGCUGGAGAUGGGGCUGGAUCUAGGGAUGGAGCUGGAGAUGGGGCUGGAUCUAGGGAUGGAGCUGGAGAUGGGUCUGGAUCUGGGGAUGGAGAUGGAGAUGGGGAUGGGGAUGGAGCUGGAGAUGGGGCUGGAUCUGGGGAUGGAGCUGGAGAUGGGGCUGGAUCUGGGGAUGGAUCCAUGGCUGGGGUUGGAGUUGCAGUUGAAGCGAGGACUGGAGCUGGAUCCAUGGCUGUGGUUGGCUCUCUAACUGUAGCCAGACCUGGAUCUGUGGUUGGCACUCUAACUGUAGCCAGACCUGGGGUUGGAGCUGAGGCCAGACCUGGAUCUGUGGUUGGUCCUGGGGCUGGAGCUGGGGCUCCUCUAUCUCCAAUACCUGAGACGAAUACUGCAGUGCAGGGGGUGUCAGAGGACGCUGUGGCAGCCAGGACUGAGGCCAGCCAGCAACCAACGAUCUCAGGGGCCACAGCAGCCCAGGAGCCCCUCAGGAACUCACUGCCUGCUGUUCUGAAGACAUCCACUACUCAGAAGGGACGGAAGGAAGAGGAAAUGGCGCCCAAGGCUGAGGAGGAAGGGGCGGAGUCAUCCAGUGAAGGAGCAAGUGCCAUUGCAACCUCCCCGACGACCAGUAGCGUUGCCGACCAGGGGGGCGGGGCCUCUGGCUCUGAUGUCACAGGAGCAAGGACCGUCAGCGCAGCAGCCAAUGAGGAAGAAGAGGGCGGGGAGAUCUGGCAGAGGAGGUCCAUGCAGGCGUCUGGAGGCGUGUCUCAGGAGGAGGGGGCGCGGUCUUCUGAGGCGAGCGGGCCAAUCGACUCUUCUCAGAGUGUCUCUGAGGAGGGCAGCGAGGCAGGAGGGGCCACAGGUCAAGUCAACGGUCACCAGUCCGUCCGCUCCCUGCCCUCUGUCCGUCACGACAUGGGUCGCUACCAGAGAGUAGAUGAGCCACUUCCUCCCAACUGGGAGGCCCGUAUAGACAGUCACAGUCGUGUGUUCUAUGUGGACCAUGUGAACCGCACCACCACCUGGCAGAGACCCACCGCGCCUCCAGCACCGCAGCUCCUCCAGAGGUCCAACAGCAUACAGCAGAUGGAACAGCUCAACCGCAGGUAUCAGAGUAUACGCAGGACGAUGACCAAUGAGAGAACAGCAGAGGAGCUGACAGCUCCGCCCGAGGUGCCCACCGACGACACUGACCACCACACUAUCCCAGAGUAUCGUCGUGAUGGUGUGGUGACUCCAGAUAGCUCUCGGUCUCGUCUCAGUCUGCUCCUCCAGUCUCCCAGCGCUAAGUUCCUGACCAGCCCUGACUUCUUUACCUUGCUGCAUUCCAACCCUAGUGCCUACCGCAUGUUUACAGGUAACACCUGCCUGAAACACAUGAUCAGUAAGGUGCGUCGGGACACGCAUCACUAUGAGCGCUACCAGCACAACAGAGACCUGGUGGUUUUCCUCAACAUGUUCUCCAACAAACAGCUGGAGCUGCCCCGUGGCUGGGAGCUGAAGCACGACCACACUGGCAAGCCUUUCUUUGUGGACCACAACUGCCGGGCCACUACGUUCAUCGACCCUCGGCUCCCUCUUCAGAGCAGCACACGUCCCAGCAGCCUCCUGGCCCACCGCCAGCACUUGACCAGACAACGCAGCCACAGCGCUGGCGAGGUCAGCCCACAACACAUGGUGGGUGACCACCCUCGUCAUUCUGGAGGAGGACCCCCUGUAAUGCCCCGCCCAUCCAGCACCUUCACCCCGGUCAGCCGCACCCAGUACCAAGACGUAGUGCCAGUGGCUUACAACGACAAGAUUGUGGCGUUUCUACGACAACCCAAUAUCUUUGAGAUCCUGCAGGAGAGACAGACAGAGUUUAUCAGGAACCACUGGCUCAGGGAGAAGGUGCAGUUGAUCCGUAAUGAAGGGGCCUCUGGUCUGGCCAGGCUGUCUGGUGAUGCAGACCUGGUCAUCCUCCUCAGCCUGUUUGAGGAGGAAGUGAUGUCAUAUGUUCCGCCUCACGCCUUACUGCACCCCAGCUACUGCCAGUCCCCACGAAGCUCCCCCGUGUCCUCCCCACAGAACUCACCUGGAACACAGCGAGCUAAUGCCCGUGCCCCUGCCCCCUACAAGCGAGACUUUGAAGCCAAACUGCGAAACUUCUACCGCAAACUGGAGACCAAGGGCUACGGCCAGGGCCCAGGGAAGUUAAAGUUGAUCAUCCGUAGAGAUCAUCUCCUGGAGGAUGCCUUCAACCAGGUCAUGUGUUACUCCCGGAAAGACCUGCAGAGGAGCAAGCUCUAUGUCAGCUUCCUGGGAGAGGAGGGGUUGGACUACAGCGGCCCGUCCAGAGAGUUUUUCUUCCUGGUGUCCAGAGAGCUGUUCAACCCGUAUUACGGCCUGUUUGAGUACUCCGCCAACGACACCUACACCGUUCAGAUCAGCCCCAUGUCUGCCUUCGUAGACAACCAUCACGAGUGGUUCCGUUUCAGCGGGCGUAUCCUGGGCCUGGCUCUGAUCCACCAAUACCUACUGGAUGCCUUCUUCACUCGACCCUUCUAUAAGGGCCUGCUGCGCAUCCUAUGUGAGCUGAGUGAUCUGGAGUAUCUGGAUGAGGAGUUCCAUCAGAGUCUCCAGUGGAUGAAGGACAACGACAUCGAGGACAUGUUGGACCUCACCUUCACUGUCAAUGAGGAGGUGUUCGGACAGAUCACAGAGAGAGAGCUGAAGCCGGGCGGGGCCAACAUCCCGGUGUCAGAGAAGAAUAAGAAGGAGUACAUUGAGCGCAUGGUGAAGUGGCGAAUUGAGAGAGGAGUGGUUCAGCAGACAGAGAGUCUGGUCCGGGGCUUCUAUGAGGUGGUGGAUUCCAGGCUGGUGUCAGUGUUCGAUGCCAGGGAGCUGGAGCUGGUGAUAGCUGGCACCGCUGAGAUAGACCUGGUGGACUGGAGGAGCAACACAGAUUACAGAGGAGGUUACCAUGACAACCACAUAGUGAUCCGUUGGUUCUGGGCGGCGGUGGAGAGGUUCAACAACGAGCAGAGACUCAGGCUGCUACAGUUUGUGACGGGUACCUCCAGUAUUCCCUACGAGGGUUUCGCCUCUCUCCGAGGCAGCAACGGACCCCGCAGGUUCUGUGUGGAGAAAUGGGGCAAAGUUACCUCUCUACCCAGGGCUCACACCUGUUUCAACCGGCUGGACCUCCCUCCAUAUCCAUCCUUCUCCAUGCUGCACGAGAAGAUGCUCACUGCCGUGGAAGAGACCAGCACCUUCGGCCUGGAGUGAUGACCCCUAUCACCUUUAUCCUUUAACCCCCACUCCUCCUACGACCUUUGACCCUGACCUCUGAACUGUAGUAUCACAGAGGUAGAGGAACCCAAGGGGUUCAAGGGGAUGACUGUCUAGUCUGUCUGGCACCCUGUUGUAUCUUUAUACACACUCACCUUCCUGAAGUGAGCUGAACAGAGGAGAAUAGACCGAUGUGUAUCAGAGGGCAUGACCCCUGCACAACGCCAGGGUUUCCCUGUUACGGUUAAGGUCACUUAGACACACUGCCAACACAAACCAAAGGAGAGCACCCUAACACUCACACCCUUGUUAGUCCAUUAGACCAAUGGGAGAGAUGGACUCGUAAGCCUCCAACCAAUCGCACAAUGAAGGAACAAAAACCAAGACCCGGAGUGAGACUCCAACUGGCUCCUCACGUUUUAUUAUUUCAAAUACGGAUUUCCAGUGGAGUCACGUAAGGAAGGUGGUGGUCGAGCUUUUCCUGGAGAGCAAAACCAAAGCUGCUUUAUCUCACUGAGAGGCUGAGGCCGACAUCACAGGACAUCUCUCCUCUGAGAGGCUGAGGCCGACAUCACAGGACAUCUCUCCUCUGAGAGGCUGAGGCCGACAUCACAGGACAUCUCUCCUCUGAGAGGCUGAGGCCGACAUCACAGGACAUCGCUCCUCUGAGAGGCCGAGGCCGACAUCACAGGACAUCUUCUCCUCUGAGAGGCCGAGGCCGACAUCACAGGACAUCGCUCCUCUGAGAGGCCGAGGCCAACAUCACAGGACAUCUACUCCUCUGAGAGGCCGAGGCCGACAUCACAGGACAUCGCUCCUCUGAGAGGCCGAGGCCGACAUCAAAGGACAUCUCUCCUCUGAGAGACUGAGGCCGACAUCACAGGACAUCUCUCCUCUGAGAGGCUGAGGCCGACAUCACAGGACAUCUCUCCUCUGAGAGGCUGAGGCCGACAUUACAGGACAUCUCUCCUCUGAGAGGCUGAGGCCGACAUCACAGGACAGUGUUGCUCCUGGAGAAGGGGAUGAGAGGAGAGAGGAAGAGAUGAAGGAAGACAAUACAGGUGCUCUUCAGCUGCUGUGGCCACGCCUCCUGUCCUGUCUGGGAAAGAGAACCAACCAAUCAAGGUCCAGGCAGCUUUGUGACCUGAGCUUGUUGAACACUCUGACAGGUGUGUUCUAGAACAGAACACUGAAGUAGCCUAUCGUGAUGCGAUGGUGUUUGUGUGGUGAAGCUGAACUUGGAUCUCUCUACAGGCUGUUCAUCUAUCUGCAAAAUGCAUUUUGUAACGGCCACAAACAACGAUAUGUUUUUUGAAUGUACAGACUGAUAUCACGAUGAUGAUGCGCUUAAAUGUGUGGUUUUUGUACGUCUCUCGAUGACUCGUCAAAUCUAAACGGCUGCCUCAUUCUUACCAGACUUCAGGGCAAGCCAUUAGCACGGAUAACCAAACUCAGCUACGGAUUGUUUCGAUAAAGACAUUACAUUGAGUUGGCUUUCCCAUAAUGUUAGACACAAGCUCACACACACUCUUUCAGUGUUUUAGCUCUUUUCAUUGUUUGCAAGUAUGUUGAUUGUCAUCGUCACUUUAUCAUUGACCUACACUGCCAGAGUAGAGGGUGAUCUGAACUUUUCAAAUCCCUCAUGUUUGGUUGUUGCUCUUUGUUUUUAACUUGCUUCUACUUAUUAUCCUGAUUGCCACCUAAUUGAAUUUGUUGGUUUGAUAUGUUCCUAUUUCAAUAGGGUUUGGGACCCCUGAUAUAACAUCGUAUAAUGACAGAUGUUUGUAUGACCAUGAUAAUGAAAGUAAAACAUGGUGAUUAACAACCUGCAUGUCGAGACACACACACACACACACACACACACACACACACAGGCUUACAUCAUGCAAUUAUAAUGUGAUCUGUGUGUGGGUGAUGGUAAGGUCAAGGGACAUUUAAAGCUUAAUAGAGACUCGUGACAGAGAACAUGUUGAAGUCAUAUAUAAGCACAGGUGCCCAUGGUAUGCUAUUACACUGACUGUUUUGAUGGGUGGAAUGUCGGUUUUCAAGUGAGGGGAAAAAAUAUAUUUUAUAGACGUAUCUACAGUACUAGGAAGUUUUAAGACAAGGAGUAAUGAGAAUAUGAAGGAAGAGUUAUAGAAACACAUAUUUGUCAUGUUUUUCACUUCAUACUCUGCCUUAGUCAGAAGGCCUUAGUCUGCCUUCUGAUACCACCAUAUUCUACUCUCAGGGUGCGUUCCAGGUCGCGCUUUAUUGCAGUCGCGCUGCUGCUGAGCAUUUUAGCCGAUUACCAUAUUAUAUGUAUAUCAUAUUAAUGUGAUAUAGAACACCUUCCUGAUAAACGUGAUAAACCAUCAUGUGAGUUGACAGAAGGUAAAUACUUUUCCAGACGUUGUGAGGGACUAUCAUCUGAGCAGUGUGUCGACUGCAAUAACGAUGACAUGAAACGCGCCCAAUGUCUUUGUUUCAGGGCUGUGACCCCACCCAGCCACCAUCACGUCCCGAGACUGUGGAAUGUAGCUAACAGAAUGUAAGGGACUGAAAUAGAACAACUUCCUGCAUUCUCUUCCAUCAUCCCAGGGCCAGUGAGAGACUGAGGGCAGAUAUAUGACAUGUUUUACGGUAAAAACAUACUAAAAGAAAGGGAAGUACACAGUGGCAUUACAUGUAUUUUUAUGUUUUAUUAUUUUGACAUUUUAGUAAUAAAUCAGACGCUCUGAUCCAGAGCGAUUUACAGUUAGUGCAUUCAUCUUAAUAAAUUGUAGCUAGGUGGGACGGGUUCUGGUGUAGUUUAGACUGAAAGACUGAAGCUAGGGAGGGGAAGUUUCUCUUGGUGUUUCGUAGGUAUGCACCAUGGUCUUGUAGUGGAUGGGAAUACUGUACAUGUCCUGGGAUGGCUUGUAAGAAGUUCUUAGUACACGUUUCUCUGUCUGCCAAUGAAUUCCCAGCAACAUUGCCCCUGUCUGUCUGAGUGGUGCGCGCGUUUGUCCAUCACUCCAGCCAGUUGACGUGAUAAACCAUCAUGUGAGUUGACAGAAAUACUUUCCCUAAAACCUUUUCAAUUAAAUAUUUAUUGCAAGUAGGCUUACCCUUCAGAAGUAUAUAAUGAGUAUCUGUUAUUUGAAAACUUUGCCAUGAAAUGCGCAGCAGUAUGGAACCAUUGCUAGACUGGCACAUUCCUCACUCAGAUGCGCAAUUACAGGAAAAUUACACAAAGAUAUCUACAUUUGUUAGUUUUCUUCCAGACCUAAAUUGUCCUCAGAGGGGAUUUAACAAGUGACAUGGACUCAGAACAUCCCAUUUAGUUGUUUCCAUGAACAUUUGUAAUUUUGAAAGUGAAAAAAAUUCUAAAAGCAGGAAAAGCAACACUGACAACAAAUCUCUGAUUUUAGAGUUGUUUGUUAAUCGUUAUUUUACCAGGUAUGUUGACAGAAAAUACACUGCACUACUUUCUCUUUUGUAUCAAGGAUCCGGAGAAGAGUUGCAGGGGAGAGGAGAAGAAUGGGCCUAUUUUAAAAUCUAGUAAGAAAUGAGUAGAUCUAAUGUCAGAAAAGGUUGGAGACCCUGAUCUGCACUGAAUGUACCAAUGUUUUGGGGCUUUAAUUGGAGCUUUUGACUCUAUUCAUCCAAGUCUCGGUCUCUCAACCUCCAUGGUCUUCACAUUCACCACCGUCACUGAGUAACCGACCGAUAGCCCAUCACACCAACCCACUACUUCUUUACUCACAGAAACACUUUAACUACAACACAACAUGCAUAUAUAUAUAUUAUCACCAAUUGUGACCAAUUUGAAAGUUGCAUCCAUGUUUCAGUUGUUCUCACCUUUUUGUAAUGGAAUGUUGUGCCUGUUCCUCUCUGGCUGGCUGUCUGCCUGUCUGGUCCUGUGACCGGCAGGACUCUAGGAUUAGAUACUACUGUCUGCUGGGGGGUUCGAGGCUGUGUCUUUGUCAGAGCUUCACUCUAUGCAAAGCGUUUUUCUCCAUGUCACUCCUUAUGAUUGUAUGAAAAAAAACGGAUAAAAAUAAUUGAUUAAAUGUGGUCUCUGUGUCUUUUGUGUUGGGAGUUGAACGUGGAUUUCUAUUAAUAGUGGUAUAUUCAGUAGUGCGUCUUUUGGCAAUUUGUUUAAUAAAUUAAUAAAUAAAUACAAUUAAAA